GUGGGAACCUUUGCCGGGAACGCGAUGUUCCUGAUAGGCGUUUUCCUCUUCCGGCGGUAUUUCAUGACGCGCAACUGGCGCAUGACCUUUGUCUGGACGGCGAUGAUACUCGCCUUAAACAACUGCUUUCAGCUGAUGGUCAUCUACAACGCAUGGGGAAUCGGUCAAGACGGCUGGUUCUAUGCAUUCGGCAGCAACAUCUUGAUGGUGAUCCAGGGGAUCGCGCAGGUGCUGUCCAGCCUCGCUGUAGUGGAGAUCUCGCCCGCCGGUUAUGAGGCCUCCGUGUAUGAGUUCCUGACGUCCAUCCACAACGCCGGAAUCACUUU